AUGACUCGCCAAGGCUACCUCAUUGUGCAUGACAAGCGCGCCCGCCCUACCGUACGCUACCUGUCGCUAGAAGACGGAUUCCUGCGCCAGUACGCGUCGGCCGAGUGCACCAAAUGCCUGAAUGAAGUACGGCUUUCAGGCUGCAAGAUCACUGUCAAGGCACAGAAGCGUGCUGACGGCGUGCCCAAUAGCUUCUACCUUGAAACUCGCAAAGUGUUCGUCAAGGACCGGUCCUACACUCUGGGCAACGUCGAGCGCAUCGAAUUUAGCGCCUGCAGUGGCGAGGACCGUCAGGAUUGGGGCAAGGCGCUCUUCUCCUGGCAGCGCUACUAUUGGCGCGACCCAGUGGCCACCUCCCCCGAGAACGAAUCGAAUGCCAGCGAGACUCGCCUGCAGCUCGAGCAGAUCAUCGCCAAGCACUUUGUGCAGAAACCCCCAAGCGGACCCUCGAUCUCGUUCGCAGCAGCCAAGCAGCCCAUCUCGUUCCUGCGGCGUAACGCGUACACGCUGCGCCGCUCGCUGUCGCUCACCAUGACGUCCGCAGUCACCAAUGCAGCUAAACCCGAAAGUGACACGGAACCGACCGACUGUGUAAAGGACAAGGUGGCGCUCGUCAAGGUGGAAUGCCCAGAGGCCAGCCAAACCAAGAACAACAAUGUCUGCGAAGCCACAGCAGUCACACCGCACUAUUUGCCUCCGCACCUCGACCGCGGCAACAACCAGGAGGCACACUAG